CAGCACACUGUCACAUGGUCACAUGACACAGAGAUCUCACCUCCUCUUAGCUGCAGGAGAGUUUGAGAGUUUGGCAUACAGCAAAACGCAAGAAAGAGCAAGACAGACAAUACAAAAGAGGCAGGAGAGCUUGCACUGGUCUGGUUAGGAAUUAAAGUGCUUUGCUUGACUAAGAGGAUGAAGAUGAAGACUGUCACAUGCAAGUUAGUGUAAUUUGGAUCAAGUGGAUGGUACACAGUGGAUGGUACACAUGACUACCAAACAAGAGUCAGUAUUAACCUUCUCACUUCUUCUGAUCAAUCUUCUACACACAAAUAUUUAUUUUCACACACAGACUGGGUUAGGACUUACAUUGCUGAUGCCCUCAAGGAUCAAAUUUUCAAAGAGGAAUCUUCACUCCUCGAUCAGCUUUCCUUCAAUCAACACCUUCCAUGGAAAAACCUUGACACUAUGUUUUUGGAAACGUUCAUUUUGCACUUUGGGGAUAUAAAAUAAGUCACAACAUCCUUUAUUGUAAUGAUAACUGGCUUUGAAACUAAAAGAAAAUAGAGACCUACACGAUGGCCUUGAAAAGUGGACUAUUCAUCACCUUGUUCUUGUUUACCCUCCAAGCCAGUGGAAUCAAAGACAUCAGUAGGGACCAUUUAUCAGGGAACAGGAAUGUCAAAUACAAGAAUUUUUACGAGGCCUCGCAAGCUACCAGACAUCUGUCAGCUGUCCGAGAUUCACUUGUCCUGUACAGGCUUCGAGUGAAGAGAUCAGCACUAUUCAGUACGGGGGUCAGAGCAUGUCCUCAGGAGAACAUGGCAGAGGUCAUCGCCAGACACAAAUCAUACUACAAACUGAGAGUCUGCCAGGAUGUUGUGUGGGAAGCCUUCCAAAUUUUCCUGGACAGAGUACCGGACAUGACAGAGUUCCAGCAGUGGGUACAUGCCUGCCAGACAGACUCACUGUGUGUAGAGGACUUGGCCCAUAACUUUAGCAGCUCCCAGGAACACCUUGACAUAGUGGCCAGAAGAUUGAGCAUACAAGAUGACCAAGAGCAUGCCAAGAUCACAUCUGUAGCGGACGAGAAAUUUUCAGGUUCAAAAACCCCUGAAGGAAAAUUUGCCAUGGAUUCAGAAAAGACCAAGGUUUCAGCUGUGCAGCACAUAAUAGAGUUCAGUGUGACUGUGAAGGACCCAGAAUAUAUUCCGCUACAGAGAGACCCUGGCUAUGUGCAAUAUCAUGAUGCCUCCCACAGUCUUCAUGAGCAGAUGCUGCAAACAUUCAAAAAUCUUGCUGGGUUCAAGGAAAUUCAACUGCUGGGAAUUCAACAAAUGCAGAGCCCUGAGAGUAUUGCAGUGCACUAUGCCAUGGUGUUUGAAACAGAAGUAGACUCUACAAGAAUAGGGACCAAAGGGACAGAAUCUGACACAGAAAUAGGUCUCAAGGAUAUGAUAUUAAAGGCCCUGAGGGAGGAUCCAGCCCUUCCUUUGUAUAUUCGUUUUCUCAGCUUUGAAACAACUAAACAAAAUCAUUUAAAAGACCUAUCAAUGGACAGACCAAGACAUCUACCUGGGGUUAUUAGUACACAAGUGACAUUGGCCAACUCUGAGGACACUACAGAGUCAAUUAACAUCUCAGAGGAAGAGGCAGCUCCUAAUGGAACUCAAGGGAGGGAUGAGGAGGGAAUAGAGAGCACAUUUCCUACACAGGAAACAAGAUAUAAGAAGAACACUUCUUUGGACUCCCUAUCAAAUGUGUCUGAAGUGGAACAAGCUCUUGGAUAUGAAAUUGCUGCCAUGCCCACUGAACUAAACUUGAACUCCACGAAAGCUGUAAGAGCAUCUACUUCAAAUCAGUAUUCAGAGAGUGAAGUGGGUGUAUCAGAAGCUUUAUUUAAAGAGGAAAUAUCAUCUAUGCCAUACUUUACCCCAACUGAGAUGCCUAAAGCAGAGGGCACAGCAGGCAAUGGCACAGUGAUGAUGGAUGGCAUUUCUGAAACUCCUGAAGCCAGCAGUUUUACAGAGAGUUCAGAGGUACCUAGCACAAAUCACCCUAUAGAGUUAAUAAGGCUCUCUUUAAUACCCAGGACUGAAGGUACCAUCCAGCAUAUGCAUUCUGCCUCAAUUCCAAAAACUCUAUCUUCUGUAGACAUACCCUCUUUGCCCUCAGAACUUCCAGGAAAUCUCCUCAAUAAGAAAGAACAGUCUAUCCAAACCUUUUCUUCUCAUCAGGCUAAAGCAUGUGACAAGGAGGCCUUAAUUAAAGGUUUGCCAUCUAAGACGGACAUUUCACAAUCCUCAGAUUCUCUAGACAAAGAUGUCGGGGUGUUUUUUACUCUACAGAUUACCUACAUGAUCUUUUCAGAGGAUCUCUUAAAUAGUAGCUCACCUGGAUACAAGUCCCUGGAGGAUACAUUCCUUGAACUAAGACAAUCUUCUGAGUCCAGUAAGAUGCCAGACACAGAGUCUACCAGUAAAAUAAAUAAGGAACAGCGGACAUUAGCUUCAAUACCGCUGCUCCAAUUUCUACAAUCCGAUCUGAUUGGAUUUAAGGAGCUACAUAUUCUCAACUUCCGAAAUGGCAGUGUGGUUGUAAACAAAAAGAUGAAGUUUUCCAAACCAGUGGUGGAUAAUCUCACCAAGCCUGUGCAUUGUAUUCUUGACAAUUUGAUGACUAGUAAUGCUGCCUCAAAGAAAAAGGAUCGUGUAACUGACAGUCGUUCAGCUGAUCAUGUGGAUCCAUGCAAGUACAUGAAGUGUAAUGAGUUUUCUCACUGUGUGGUGAACAUGCUAAACAAAGAGCCUGAGUGUUUGUGUGAUCCAGGCUACAGCACAGUGGAUGGUCUUCCCUGUCAGAGCAUCUGCAACCUCCAGCCCAAUUAUUGCCUCAAUGGGGGGCUAUGUGAGAACAUACCAGGACAUGGAGCCAGCUGCAGAUGUCCUUCAGGUAAAUAUUGGUACUAUGAUGGCGAGCACUGCAGUGAGCUGGUGUCUGUGCCAAUUGGCCCAGUGAUAUUUGUACUCUGUCUGAUGGGAAGUCUCACAGUGGUGUGUGCUGUAAUAGGCCUGUUAGUGUUUAUCAACAGGAGUUGUAUACAGACAAGGAAGACAGUGGCACUCGUGCAUUCACAUUCUCACCUCUCUAUGGAGGGAAUUGUGAGAGUGAAUCCAGUCUUUGAGAAUGACGAUGGUAUCUUGACUCAUGUGUCUAGCAUCAGCUAUCCCACAAUCACUGACUCGGGGUCAGCUCAACCCUCUGACCAGGGCUCAUUUUACUCAUUAGAAAACAUGCACCUUAGCAUUGAGAUUCCCAGGCAACUCUACACAACAAGGUCGGAAAAGUUAGUAUCAGGAAUAGUUGGAUUCCACCACUGCAUUCCACAUGUUCAGACAUGGAGACUGCCUAAUGAACACAGAGGAUCUGACAGUGAUGGGUUUGAGGUGACUGUGUUAUGACUGUUAUUUUUUUAGCCAGUCAUAACGUCUGUGCUGAAACUGGUAACAAAGGUCAAGAAAGCAUUGUUUAGACAUAUGUGAUAUGUACCCUUUUUAAAAGGCUCUUUUCCCCUCAUAGUGAGGUAUUCAUUUACAAAUAGAUAAUUGUUUUGGCAUUGUUAUUGCUAUUAAUACUUUAUUGUUCAGACACUAAAUAUAUCUCCAGAGUCCAAUGUUCAAUGUCAUUU